AUGAUUUAAACGUUGUUCAAAUAAAACACUUACGGUGUUCAGUCACACUAAUUAAAUCGACAAAUACAAGUCGGGUUUUUUUUCACACGGAAUACAUGAUUGGUAAAUUGCUUUUUGAAAACAAAAUCAAUUAAUAGUUUUUCAUUAAUAUCGAAGCGCAGCUACUUGAAAUACAGACCAACUGUUCAAUGUGGAUUAGAUAGAGCGACGAUUAGCAUCAACAUAGUGUAAGUUACAACAAAUUAAAAUACAACAAAAGUUGAAAGUCUAAACCAAACAGAUAUGUGAACUUUAUAAGGAUGGUUAGUAAUUGGAAGCAUUAUUAAUGUUGAUACAAAUUAAUUGAUUUUUUUACAAGUUGGUGAUUAGAAGAACAAUUGAGUAUAGUAUGGGGAUUAAUGGGAAAUCAGUAUAAGAGAUGUGUUAACAAAACCAGCCUCGGAGGAAUUUUCUUGUAUCUGUGAAAAAUGAGUAUCGAUUAACGAAGUACCGUUAGCUGACAGAAGCAAUGUCCAAAGCCAUCGUUCACAACACAAGUUACUUGUAAAAGUCAAUGUUUGAAAUUUUAUAUGGUAAAAAAUAUUUAUGCGUUUACGACUAUCAUGUUGUCUGGAUCAACUUGACUUGGAACUUUUAAAACAAUAAGUAUUCGUUAAAAUACCCGGUAGAAUAAAUGUCUGGUUCAAUUAUACUUGAUUUAUCGAACUAAGUGGACAGUUAUCAAUCUUACCAAUACUAUAGAGAACUGGUACGUUUAGAAAACAUUACUUUUUAAACAAGUUGAGUAUAUUGUUUACUUUUCAUGUGAAGUUUUGACGAUGGACCUUCAUUUAAAAAGAAAACAGCUUUCUUAAAUUUUCAAUAUUGAAACUAUGGAUUUAUAUUAUUUGUUAGUUCAGAGAUCUUUUUUAUGGACAGUUCAACUUCUGAUAACUUUCCUGAUUUCAACUGAAGGUGGAUUUUCUUAUAAAAGAAUUUUAGAUCGAAGGCAGUUACGAGUUGGAUUUCCCCCAGAAAUUCUCGCUGAUGCUCAAAACAUAACCGUCCAUCGGAAUGACAGGGCGAUUUUAAACUGUACAAUAAGACACAGAGGAACGAAAAAUGUUCAGUGGGGUAUAUUGAAUUCUAGUCAUCCAUUGACAAUCGGUGAUCUAACCUGGACCUCAGAUAAACGUUUCAGUGUAUCGUCAUCAAACUAUAAUAAAACAGUAGAAAGAUGGAACCUUGUAAUAGACAAUGUGCAACCGAAAGAUACAAAUACCUACGAAUGUCAAAUAUCCUCAAUUGUGACUCGACUUCGUUUGGUCCAUCUAACAGUACUACCUACACAGAGAAAGAUAUCCCCUGGUGUUUCAUUAAAAGGAACUACACUCCUAGACAGCCGAGGGACAAUUAUAAUUACAUGUAAUGCAACCGGGGCCGAGCGAGCGCCAGAGAGUGUAGAUUGGUUUCACGAAGGCAGUAUUAUAAGACAGCAAAGUUCCAAGUGGUCAGGGAGAGUAAAGAUUUCAAUGAAAGCAGAUGUUCUUAGACGUUCUUUAAUAAGUCAGCUAAUAAUAGAAAGAAGUACAUUAAAAGAUCGGGGAGCAUAUAUAUGUAGAAGUCCUGACAAGAUCAUGAAAAGUAUAGAAGUUCAUAUUUUAGAAGAUAACAACCCACCUAGCCGGGCGGUUAGAAAUAAAUUAUCUGAUGAACCCGCCAAGCCCAACAAAGCAGCAUUGUCAACACUUAGUUUUAUCAUUUUUAUAAUGGCAGUUUCAGUAUCGGCAACGUGAUGACGUAUUGUCAAGACAUUAAAGUGCCUUGCAUAUACUGAUGUGGACAUUCUCUUCUUUCAAGAUCGAUGGUGAACGUAAAACAAACAACAUCCAACAAAUCUUCCCUCAAGCGACAUAUGAUCACUGCAGUUGAGAAGGAAACAGGAACUAAAUAAAGAAUUUGAUUAUAUCAGUUUCUAGAAAGGAAAAAAAACAGAAAUAUACUAAGAUGCGUGUUCUCGCAAGAUUAGGAAAAACAGUGGACAUGUUUGUGCUCUUCAAAGACUUUGCUCUGCAUACUAUUGUGUAAUCAGUACUGACAUUAUCCAUUCGUAAGGUUCAUGGGACACGGGAAAACUUGUGCUUGUGAACCUAAAGAAGCAUUGGUUUAAUAUUGAUUAAGAACAAGUAAUGUUUUAAAAUUUAGGAUGUAUGGAUCACCUCACGUUUUAUUGUUAUAGUUAUUCUAAAUAUUUCAUAUUAUGGAUACAUUGCAUGUUUAUCAUCAAAUUUCAUGACGUUUUGCUGCUUUCAUUAUUUCUUCAAAUAUAAUUCAUAUUUGACCAUACUAGCUUCGUCCUGCUCAUUUUAUCAACUUGUAUUUUUAUUGUAGAAUAAAUCAUACUAUUUAUUCUUCAUUUAUUGUUUUACAGAUAUUUAUUAUUGUUUCAAAUUCCCGAAUAAAAACUGUUUAUUGUU